UUAGGUUGGGAAUGCAAGAAAAUUCUCUUUCUCCCUCAGGUGCAUCGUGCUCUGCAGCCUGUAAUCAGUCCUGCUGGGGGAAUGGGGAGAAGUACUGUCAGACAUUGACUCACCAGUGUGCCUCUGGCUGCCAGCGCUGUAAGGGAUCCCUUUCCAGUGACUGCUGCCACCAGCAAUGUGCCGCCGGCUGCACUGGACCCAAAGACACUGACUGCCUGGCAUGCCGACACUUCAAUGACAGCGGCACCUGCAAGGAAAAUUGCCCGCCCCUGACCGUCUACAACCCUGUCACCUACCAAUCAGAGCCCAACAAGUAUAGGAAGUACAGCUUCGGAGCCACCUGCGUUACUGAGUGCCCAUAUAACUAUCUUGCCACAACUGUGGGCUCCUGCACUCUGGUUUGCCAGCCUGACACUCAGGAGGUGAUAGUGAACGGGGAGCAGAAGUGUGAGAAGUGCAACGGCCCAUGUCCUAAAGUCUGUGAUGGACUCGGGAUGAAGUCCCUCAGAGGGGUCCUCGCUGUCAACUCCUCCAACAUCGAGCUCUUCGCCAGAUGCUCCAAGAUCUUCGGAGACCUGGCCUUCCUGCCCGAGACUUUCCAGGGUGAUCCAGCAACAAACACAUCAGCCCUGGACCCGACAAAACUGAAUGUGUUCAAGAGCCUCACAGAGAUCACAGGUUUCCUUUACAUCGAAGCCUGGCCUGAUAACUGGACCGAUCUGAGUGUCUUUGCGAACCUAGCUGUGAUUCGUGGACGCAUGUUAUACAGAGGUGUGUUUGCGCUGGGAAUUCAGAACUUGAACAUUGAGGCGCUGGGCCUUCGCUCACUGAAGGAGGUCAGUGGCGGUCUGGUUCUGAUCCACCAGAACCCCAGGCUGUGCUACACUCCAACAAUCCCCUGGGAGUCCAUCUUCAAGAACAGGAAGCCAGAGGUCAUCCAGAGUGCGAACAAAGCAGCUGAGCUCUGUGCGGCAGAGGGGAGGGAGUGUCACCACCUUUGCACCAAUGGGAGCUGCUGGGGGCCAGGACCCAGCCAGUGCGUUUCCUGUGAUGGUUUCCUGCGUGGACUGGAGUGCGUCAAGUCAUGUAACGUCCAUGAGGGGGAUAUCCGGGAGCAUGUCAAUGGCUCCCGCUGUAUUUCCUGCCACUCGGAGUGUCUGCCGCAGAACAACAGCUACACCUGCACUGGCCCGGGUGCUCACCAGUGUGUAGAGUGUGCUCACUUCCAGGACGGGCUGUCCUGUGUGGAGAAGUGUCCCAGCGGGGUGAAGGGGGAGGACUUCGUCACCAUCUGGAAAUAUGCCAAUGAGAACAACGUGUGCCAGUCCUGUGAGAGCAACUGCACUCAUAUGUGCUCCAUGCUGGAUGAGAAGGGCUGCCCCAUCAACCAGAAACCAGGCCCAGGCACUUCCAUCGCUGCUGCAGUGGGCGGGGUCAUGCUGUUCCUCAUCCUGCUGGCGCUGCUGGUGACCUACCUGAGGAGACGCAAACAUCUAAAGAGGAAGGAGACUCUGAGGAGGUUACUGCAGGAGCACGAGCUGGUGGAACCCCUAACCCCCAGCGGCGCCUUGCCAAACCAGGCCCAGAUGAGGAUCCUGAAGGAGACGGAGCUGAAGAAGGUCCGAGUGUUGGGAUCAGGGGCAUUCGGGACCGUGUACAAGGGAAUCUGGGCUCCGGAUGGAGAGCAUGUGAAGAUCCCUGUGGCUAUCAAGGUGUUGCGGGAAAACACAUCGCCCAAAGCCAACAAGGAGAUCCUGGAUGAGGCGUACGUGAUGGCGGGGGUUGCCAGUCCCUACGUGUGCCGCUUGCUGGGGAUCUGCCUCACCUCCACAGUGCAGCUGGUGACUCAGCUCAUGCCCUAUGGCUGCCUUCUGGACUACGUGAGAGAGAACAAGGACCACAUCGGCUCUCAGUACCUGCUCAACUGGUGUGUGCAGAUCGCCAAGGGGAUGAGUUACCUGGAGGAAGUGCGAUUGGUGCACCGAGACCUGGCAGCCCGCAAUGUGCUGGUGAAAAACCCCAACCACGUGAAAAUCACCGAUUUUGGUCUCGCACGACUGCUGGAUAUUGACGAGACGGUAUACCACGCUGACGGAGGGAAGGUCCCAAUAAAGUGGAUGGCUCUGGAGUCGAUUCUACACAGGAAGUUUACACACCAGAGUGAUGUCUGGAGUUACGGGGUCACCGUUUGGGAACUAAUGACUUUCGGAGCGAAGCCAUAUGACCUGAUCCCAGCUCGAGAGAUCCCAGAGCUCCUAGAGGGGGGGGAGCGCCUCCCCCAGCCCCUGAUCUGCACCAUCAAUGUCUACAUGAUCAUGGUGAAGUGCUGGAUGAUUGACCCAGAGAGCCGGCCCAGGUUCAGAGAGCUGGUGACAGAGUUCAGUGGCAUGGCGCGAGACCCGCCCCGAUAUGUGGUCAUCCAGAAUGAUGAGCAGAUGAAUCUGGCCAGUCCGGUGGACAGUAAGUUUUUUCGCACGCUGCUGGAGGAGGAGGAGAACAUCAAGGAGCUCCUGGAUGCUGAGGAGUACCUCAUCCCCCAGCCGGGCUUCUUCGGAACCGGAACAGAACCGUCUGUCAGCAGGAGAACCAGGGUCCCAUCGAACGGGAGCAAUGAACUCAUUCUGGAGGGGGAGGGGCCGUCAGGGGGAAGGAGCCUGUACGCCUCUGUCAGCACUCUGGGGCGGAGCCAGUACCCCACACUCCCUCGUGGUGGGCGUGGCCAGUACCCCUCCGGGUCAGCAGGGGGGUGGAGUCAGUACCCCUCUUUGGGCCGCAAUGUCUCCCAGCACUCUGCAGGGGGGUACUCAGACUCUGUGUUUCUGGAGGGAGAUGGGGCAGUAGGGCCACUGCCCCACAACGCCCCCUGCAGAGAGAACAGCACAUCGCAACGGUACUGUGAGGACCCUACACUAAACCUGGGGCUGGACACUGAGGGAGACGUGGAGAUCGACGGCUACAUCAACCCUGCCUCCACACUCACCCAGCCUGAGUAUAUGAAUGAGGCGAACGGGAGCUCAUGUUCCAGCAAUCUGGCUCAGGCACGGCAGGGCAGUUGGACCCUGGAGCGGCCGUGCCCUGUGCCCCGGCAGAGCUCCUCGAGGGAAGCAGGCAAGCGUCUGCCCAACGGGUUCAGGGGCGCAGUGGAGAACCCAGAAUACCUGAGCCCGCAGGGGUCCCCUGGCAGCACCUCCCCGGCCUUUGAUAACCCCUACUACUGGGACAUGGACCAUGCUGGCAGGCCCACACCUGCACAGGUAAACAGCAUCACCACCGUCACAGCAGAGAACCCCGAAUACCUGGGGCUGGCAGAGCCCUGGAGUGGGGCAAGGGAGCCUGGCUCCUAACAGACUGGAGGGAGGGGCAGGGCUGUGCAGGUGGGGAGCAGACUGGCCAGGAGAAGGGGCUCACUGAAUGUGAUUGAAUGAGCUGGCAGUCCUGCAUGCUGCACCUCCUGGCUUACAAAGAUCACUUACUGGCAGUCUCUGGAAGUGUCACAUUGUUCUUUUAGUGCCGCAGUCCAGCUUUCAGUCUCUAUAGUAGCCAGAGUAAUGUUGACUCUUCUGCCUUUUAUGAGCAACGAAAUGCUUGGUUAUCAAUCUUUACCUGAUGAGCAGGAAAGGUAUUCGAUCCAGCACUGUGUCACAAUGGGACUGCACUGCCGUGACACAGACCUUUAUUACACAACAGAACCAUCCCCAGUGGAGAAUCAAGAGGCUUCUUUCUGGGUCACAUAUCCCAGCGGCAGCCCAAAGGGAAAUUAUUCUCUAAAAUCCCCUUCUCACAGCUAAUUGCUACGACUGUUUUACAAACCAGUGGCGUUACCACUAUAGACUAGACCAGUCACAUCUGUAUAACAGAAAACAAAUCCACUGUUCCUGAAAGCAUUUCACACCAUGUAGCAUCAUCCUGGGGCUAGCCUUUCUUUAAGUCACCUAAGAGGUUCUGCCCAAAUAUUGGAAACUCCCUCUGCUUUCUACAGAUCUCUGAAACACUUCUCCGACAGCGCCGUGCGGCGUUUCAACUGAAGGACGGCCAGGCCUUUCUUGUGUAUUUAUACACACGCAUAUAAAAACUCAAUCAAUAAAUAAAUGAAUGAAUAAUAAACACAGGCACACUAUGUAGCUCAAAUGGCACUGAACACCUUGCCCAGGUAACGUAUACCUGACAGAGGCACCGAGCACCAUGAGGAAAUUUUCUAAUUUUUGUUACCAAAGAGAGCUCUGGAGCGUCACUACUAAAUUUCCGAUGUAUUUGAACAAAUUGUAAAAACAGAAAACUGUAUAUUUUAUACCUGUAAUUUUUUUUUUUUUACUAUAAAAUGUGGAUAAUAUGAAUUACUGCUGCAAGCACUUUUGGGAAUUAAUUGUUUUAUGGUAUUGCUCACACUUCAUGCGGUUAUGAAUCUUCUCAAAGCAAAUGGCCUGUAGCGGUCUGCUGUUUCCCAUUGGGAGAGGUUGGUAAUUUUACACUACAAGUGCCAGUCAGUAAUACUUCUUACUUGCAUUUCUCAUUUAGAAUUGUACAGCUUGGAUGAUGGAAAUUAAAUGGCCUUUUUU